AUGAUAUCUGAGAAUGAGAGUACAAGAGUUUUGUUGGUGAUUGUAUAGAAUCCUUAAUCAAUAAUACUGCCUCAUUCUUUGUUCUAUCGAUACUUUUCAAAUUAUGGGGAAGUUAACAAGAUAUUAAUAUUUGAGAAAGGAAAGUUAUGGAAAUGUUUUAUAGAGAUGGCAACUUUAUAAUAGGCCAAGAUUUCAUUGUAAUAAUUGAAUGGCUGUUAAUUGUAUGAGUAAACAAUAAUGAAUGUGUAAAAUAAUCUAAAUGAUUUAUAGUUACUAUUCAACAUUGCAGAAUGUCACAUUUAUGAAUAACAAUUCAGGUGGUGUAGAUUAUAAGGCAAUGAAAUAAAGAAAUUCAACCAAGACUGUUAAUAUUUAUGAAUAAGAUUAUUAUCCAAAGACAUAUAGUCAACCUUUAAUAACUCAAUAGGAUACUAGAUUGAGUGUGGCUAGUUUUGGAAAUGAGAGAACAAGAGCUAGUUUAAAUGACAAAUAAGAUCUUCAAGAUUAUAUAAAUGAAUGGGAACCUUCAAAAAUAUAAACAUCGCUGGAAUUUAUAGAUGAUAGUGAUUCUCCUAGAAAUAGAAAGUAUGCAUCAUUUAAAUCAAUUUAAUUUGAUGAUAAUGAACAUGAUCCAAUAGAUGAAGAUAUAAUGCAUGCAUUCUCAUCUGAAAAGAAUACUUAUCUAAAUUCAUAUAUGUUUUCAAUACCAGAAGUAGAAGAUAAGAUUAAGAAUUAAGAUAUUGAUCCAUAUACAUAUGUUUCACCUUAAUUCUUAAGAGAAAAUUAACCUUCUAAAGUUGUUUAUAUGAGAGGGUUGAUGAAUUAGAAUAUUACACCAUUAAACAUAUUUAAUUUACUAUCAAAUUUUGGAAAUGUAUUAGUAAUUAUUCAUAUCAAACAUAAAACAUCAGCAUUAGUAUAAUUUGAAAAAUUAUAACAUGCUUAAAAUGCACUUGAUCAUCUUAAUAAUUAAGUGUUUUUUGGAUAUAAAUUGAAGAUCUUUUAUUCAAAUUAUUAAGAAAUUCAAUUUCCUUUACCAUUCCAAUCACCUUAAACUUAAGUUUUUAUGCCAAUUCCAUCUUAAUUUAGAUUUAGUGAUGGAAAAUCAAUAUCAUUUAAUCCACCUAGUCAAAUACUACAUUUGAGUAAUAUUAAAGGAAAAAUGUGUGAAGAUGAAUUCUAUAUUAAAGAUAUCUUUAAAGGAAUAGGAAAUGUUUAAGCUAUCAAGUUUAUACAUAUUGACAAGUAAAAUAAUAUGUAUAAUAUAGAUAAAAACAUAUGGCAUUAGUAAGAUUAUCAUCAUUAGAAGAAGCAUUGAAUGGAGCAGCUUUACUUCAUGGAAAAGAAGUAAUGGGCAGAAAGAUCAAUGUUUCAUUUACCAAAAGUAAAUUAUGCUGA